GCUGGGGGCGGCGCCCUCCCGGUGCUGAGGGAGGGAGCGGGGCGGUGCUUUCCGGCUCCUCCCGGGCCGCUUGUCCGCCCGCCCUUUUGUCAUGGCGGCUUCGGCACUAACCUCUGUCCGGAGCUUGUUCUGGCGAAGUGUCUGCGAGAUAAGAUCUGUGCAGGAGCCUGGGGAGCAGCAGCAUAGCUUUACCUGGUGCAGCUGUCCACUGGUUCACACUGAAGGGAGAAAUCAACCAACUCCAACCGGCUGUUAACUGACUGCUAACCUGCUGCAACCUACUUGACUUGCAUUACUACUAACCUACUGCCGUGGUGCAUACUAGCAGGCACUGCUACCAUUAACAAGAAAACCUUUAUUAAGAAAAGCAGUCAUCAUUCUUCAUGGGCACCAUCACAAGGAAAGUGAAUUGUUGCAGCAAGUGCAUUGGUAGCUAAUUGCUUGGAAAGUGCAGGGCCACAAAGAAGGCCAGCUUUGCAAAGGAAAUCAUUUAUCUUUGCAAGAAACAGUAGCAGUCAGCAUAGCCUUAGCAUCUUGAGAACAUCAUCAGAGGUGAGAUCUUGAGAUCGGCACUGAUGCCAAUAAGUGUCCUCUGAGGUCAGAAGGCAUAAAGAACUGUGUGAAUCACAGAUAUCCUGCAGAGAACUGAGCUGCAAGCAGUAAGAAAGAUCUGAAGAGAAGUGGGCUGUUGUAUAACCACGCUGUAAUAAACGGCUAAGUUGCGUCUCCUAUUACAAACCAGUAGUAACAGGCAAGUGCAACCUGUCUGCAGUCCAUCAGUUUACCUGCACAUGACUGCGGCCACCAUGCAAGUCAGCCAGAAAGACUUUGAGAAGGCUCAAGAACAACUGAAGCAUUUGAAAAACGAUCCUGGGAAUGAAACAAAGUUGAAGCUCUAUGCUUUGUUUAAACAGGCUACUGAGGGUCCCUGCAAUUCUCCAAAGCCGGGUAUGCUGGACUUUGUCAAAAAAGCCAAAUGGGAUGCAUGGAAUUCUCUUGGCAAUUUGUCUCAGGAUAACGCCAGACAUGAAUAUACUAAACUUGUCUCAAGUUUGAUCUCUGCAGAAUCUGCUGGCCAGAAAAAAGAUACUUCUCCAGAAGAGAGCAGUCAUGGUGGCUACGAAACCCUAGUAGUCACCACCAGUAACAAUAUCACAAAGAUAAUGUUUAACCGACCUGAUAAGAAAAAUGCUAUCAAUCACAAGAUGUACAGAGAAAUUAUCAAAGCGCUUCAAGAAGCUGCCAAAGAUGAUUCUACCAUAGCAGUUAUUACUGGAAAUGGAGAGUACUAUACAAGUGGAAAUGAUCUGAAUAAUUUUUAUAAUGUCCCGCCCAGUGAAAUGAAAAAGAUGACAAAAGACGGAGCAGAAUUACUCAAAGAGUUUGUGGGUAGUUUCAUCGAUUUUCCUAAACCACUGAUUGCAGUGGUGAAUGGCCCAGCUAUUGGAAUCUCUGUAACGCUCCUUGCAUUGUUUGAUGUUGUCUAUGCUUCUGACAAGGCUACAUUUCAUACCCCGUUUAGUCAACUUGGUCAGAGUCCAGAAGGAUGUUCCUCUUACCUGUUUCCAAAAAUCAUGGGCUCAGCCAAGGCAAAUGAGAUGUUGCUUUUCAAUAAAAAGCUGACUGCAGCAGAAGCCUGUGCUGUGGGACUUGUGAAUGAAGUUUUUCCUGACAGCACUUUCCAGAAGGAAGUUUGGGCACGGUUAAAAGCUUAUGCAAGUCUCCCCAAAAAUGCUUUGGCAGUGUCAAAGCAACUGCUACGAAAUAUGGAAAAGGAGAAGCUCCAUGCUGUCAACAGUCAAGAGUGUGAAGUACUCACAGAGAGGUGGUUAUCUGAUGAAUGCCUAAAUGCUCUUGUCACCUUCUUUCAGAGGAAAUCAAAACUGUAAUCUUUACCAGCAGAGCAGUUAAUGUUCUGGAAACAGCAAUUCACCUUCUGGCAAUAGCCAUGUCUGCCCUUAUCCUUAGUAGGCUUUCUCUGCAAAUAAUAAUAAUUUUACCUUUUGAUGUGUUAUAUUUCUAUACAGAGUACUGGGUUAAAACUGUUUCAUGAAAUUAAUGCUGUGUUAUGUGCCUUGGAUCCUUUAUGGAUAUUCAGUCUGAGGGAAAACGUUCAUUAUUCUGUAGGCAGCAGUGGUGUUUCUGAAUAAUACUAAAGUAGAUUGCCUUUUGAAAGAAGGAACAAAUUCAACAGCACUGUAUUUCUGACAGCUUUUCAAUGUCUUACGAGUGAUUUUUUUCAUCUGUGGGGAAAAAAAUGCUGUACUAAUGAAAAAUAAAUAUAAGUAUUUAAUUAGA